GUCCUCAACAUCUGAUUUAUACAACCAAUGCAAAUAUAAAAUAAAUCAUUUCAAAAGAUUUUCUCAUGAUCAAGAGUGCACGGAUAGAAAUAUAACACCACUUGACAAACAGGUAGAUCAUUAUCAAAGAAUAGUUUAAAUCCUUUCAUUUCUGUGCUCAGUUCAAAGUUAACAUAAAGACGGACCAACAGAACAAGACAGAAAUUCCUUUUUGUCUUUCAUCGAGUUAAAGAUAAAUAACAAGCAAAGAAGAAUUACAGAAAUGGCCUCACACGGACAAAUACUAGACAUUAUAACCAUUCAAUAUCGUCCACUUAACCCUGUCAUGUAUCAAAAUCCACCUGGUCAUGAACUCGCAGUUUCUGGGCCACCAGGCAUGAUACAAAAACUUCUGGCUGAGCUGAAGAUAGUAGACAGUAAAUGUAAUUGUAUGAGUAUCACAGCUGACAAUCAAUUUGAAUCUGACAGCCUAAAUUGCCAGAGAAAAGUAUUUCAAAUGCCUUCUAGUUCUGGUAUGAAUGGAUGGUGUCCUGAGAAUUUCCAUAAUCCUCUUAAUGACCAAGAAUUUAUGUUUAAGCAUGUUGCUGGUGCCAUCUUGGCCAAACAAGGCUGGAAGUUGAUUGGACUGUGUGAAGACAGAAACUUCAUUACACGUUCUGUUAAUACUGAUACUAGUCCAGAUAAUCUAUGUAGAGGGUACACAGAGUGCUCAUACAUAGAGAAAUGGCAGAAAAUCGAAUGAUUGAGGAGAGACUACUGUCUGUUAUAAUCCACAAUGUUGAACAUACUAUAAACAUCAUAUUUUUAAUAUUUGGAUAUAAGUUCAGGGGUUUCAUUAGCAGCAGGCAACAGGCAUUU